GUCAGGCUGUACUGAGGGAGAAUUGGCACUUCACAUCCAGGCGUCAUCACAGUAGGAAGCAGGAUAUAAACACAACGAGGGCAAAGUCUUCUGAGUCGACGAAGUGUUUCAAGGUCCAAGAUGACUCAGGUAAGCCAUCAGCCGUGGGGAGAGGUGGCUGAUGUGGGCAGCGUGGACCUGUGGGUUCUCCAGUCUUCUAACGUGAAAGUGGAGGUCCUGACCCUGGGUGCCAUCAUCAGGGCUGUGUGCUGCAGAGGAAACAAUGGUCAAAUGGAGGAUGUAGUCCUGGGCUAUGAUGACCUGGAAGGUUAUGUGUCAGAUAAGCGGUAUAUGGGUGCUGUGGUAGGCCGUGUGGCCAACAGGAUUGCAGGGGGACGCUUUGUAGUGGAGGAAAAGGAAUACCAACUAGAAAUCAACAAUGGACCAAACGCACUGCAUGGAGGUCUGAAGGGCUUCAAUAAGUUUUGUCAAGACUCACUGAAGGAUGAAAUCUUGGUCCAAGCAAUCUGGCUUGCUACAGCAGUAGAGGAUGGUGUCCAGCUGAGUCUUACCAGUCCAGAUGAAGACCAGGGUUAUCCUGGAGAGGUUAAGGCCUCUGUGUCUUACACCUUACAGGGGGAAACACUAACUGCUGAAUACCAAGCCUCGUCUACCAAAACCACCCCCAUCAACCUCACCAAUCACUCCUACUUCAACCUGGCUGGGCAGGUCCACGAUGCUUCAAAUAUUUACGACCAUCAGGUGUCCAUCAGUGCACAGUCCUAUCUGCCUGUGGAUGACACAUCGAUUCCUACUGGAGAGAUCAGAGCAGUGGAAGGCACACCCUUUGACCUCAGACAGCAAACUGUGAUUGGUCCUCGGCUGAAGGAACUUCCAGGUCCAGGGUUUGACCACAACUUCUGUCUGUCAGGACCCAAAGAUCCCUGGGCCGUGAGACCUGCAGCCAGAGUCUGUCACCCAGCAAGUAGGCGUGUCUUAGAGGUUUCUACCAGCCAACCAGGAGUCCAGUUCUACACUGCUAAUUUCCUGGAUGGCUCUAUCACAGGAAAGGGUGGUUCUAGGUACGGGAAGCACAACUCCUUUUGUCUAGAGACACAGAACUGGCCUGAUGCUGUCAACCAGGCUUCAUUUCCUGAAUGUCUCCUUCGUCCUGGUGAGAUUUACCGACAUGUCACUCGCUUUACGUUCACCACUGUCUGAUUUAGCUGUUAUUAGGACAGAGGAGAAGAGGACUGGGUAUUUUUGAGUAGAAGAUUUCAUUGAUAAAAGUUAAUUGAUUACAUUUGUGAAUAUCAUAUCAUCUGUAAUAGUUUACAGUAUAAUGACGUACCAUAACUUCAGCAACCAGUGCCUUUUUUUUAGUUGAAGGUUAGCCUAGUUUACACAUGUGGAAUUUAAUGCAGAUUGUUAUUUUUGCUACACCUGUGCUAUGAUAGGAUUUGCAGAAUGAUACAGUCUGUUUAUGUGAGAUGUGGGGCAGCGACAAGAUAUUCUAACAUUCCUAGUUAUGUGAUUUAUGAUCAUAUGUGUUACUUCCUAUAUUAAACACAAAACUAAUGAAGCACUCAUACACUCAAGCUACUCAUUUGUUUCAGUUUCAUUUGUUCUUUUUAGUGUUAGUCUGUUUAUGCAGUUCUAGGAAAUAGAAGGCAGUCAGGUAGAGGCUGCACACAUGACAUGGUACAUUAUGCAAUGGAUGUGAUUCUCCACCAGUGUGUUGAACAAAUUUACAUCGGCUAAAUUUCUCCUUGACCAUUAGGCGAGGAGGCGGGCUUGGAUGAGAGGACAUCUUACUAUCCUGCUAAGACAUCUUGGGUAGCUAUUGGCAAACCUCUCAUUCAUUACACAGAGAAGCUUUUAACAGCUUAGAUUUCAUAAAACGCAGUAGAACUAGUAAGCAUAUCUGAGCCAGAGCUGGAGAUCAUAACAAAAUCCUCAUUAAGCACUGACUGUGUGACUUCUUUACGUUCUUUCUCAGCUUUAUGGAGCCCACAUAGUCAGCAUCAUGAAGCUGCAGCUGAAUUAAUGCAUGAAAGUGUGAGGGUUCUGAUUUACACUGGUGAUAGUAUCUCAGACACAGAAAAAGGGGCACUAACCUCUGGUGGUUCAAUGUUGAUUUAUUACCUACCAGAAUUUUCAGUUUUUUGUCCUGCUGGGGUUUUUUGUUUGUUUUUGUAAUUUUGAAUUGGUAAUUUGACACUUUCGAUUUACCUGUGAAGGUCUAGUGAACAUUGAAAUACCAAGAAAGCACCAAAAGUUCAUGUUUUAUCACCAUCCCAGCUCCAACUACAUGAAUGAGGUAAAAACAAUACAAAUUUGACAAGCGCAACAGAGACAUUGAAAUGGCUUUGCAGAAUUUCCUUUCUACAAAUAAGUGAAAUGUAAAUCCAAUGAGGAAUGAUAGUCGUUUUCAUUUAAUUCUUGUAUUGCUUUUAGUACAGCAUUGAUAUCAGGUUUCACUUUUCUUGUUAUAAUGAUUACCAUGAUAUGUUUAAAUAAAUUUGAGAUAUAUUGUGA